GCGGCGCAGGCGCGAACCGAGCCCGCUUUCGCUCGGCGGAGACGGCAGGCAGAGAGGCAGCGCGGGACGCCGUAGUGGGCGAGUCUGAGGGUCUGGGAAGGACAACGGAAUGCGGCUGUGCAGAGGCGACAGAUUCCAUCCAUCCUCGGGCCCUGGCUUCUGUCACUUCCGCCCGUGCCUCCCGCCCCUCGCCUCCUCCCUCCGCCGCAGUCUCCCCCCGUCGGACAGCGCCGCCCCCUCCUCUUCCCGCUCCCCUCCCACCAAGCUCCUCCCGGCUCCCGGCUGGGGACGCCUCCCUAGCGGUUCCCAUGGCAACCCUCGUCCCGGGUGCCUGCGCCCCGCCCCCCGCCAGCUGGACCUACUCCCCGCAACCCUAAAACGCCAGGCGGAGGGGCCAGGCCGAGCGGGAGGCACCGUCAGGGUCACCUUCCCUCUCCAGUACCAGCAGGACUGAGUGAUUCCGUCUAUUUGGAGUGGGGGAAGCGGUGAAUUGGAGGGGAGGAGCUGACCCAGAUGAGGAAACUGAGACCCAGAAAGGUGGAAGCACUUGUCUAAGGUCACGCCUCCAGGAAGCAGUGUGUCCACGACUCCAGUCCAAGUGGUCAGGCUCCAGAGCCCACAGUCCCAAGUACUGGGUGGCCUCCAGAGGGUCCAUGAUGCCGAGCUGCAAUCGUUCCUGCAGCUGCAGCCGCGGCCCCAGCGUGGAGGAUGGCAAGUGGUAUGGGGUCCGCUCCUACCUGCACCUCUUCUAUGAGGACUGUGCAGGCACUGCUCUCAGCGACGACCCUGAGGGACCUCCGGUCCUGUGCCCCCGCCGGCCCUGGCCCUCACUGUGUUGGAAGCUCGGCCUGUCCUCGGGGACCCUGCUUCUGCUGCUGGGUGUGGCGGCUCUGACCACUGGCUAUGCAGUGCCCCCCAAGCUGGAGGGCAUCGGUGAGGGAGAGUUCCUGGUGUUGGAUCAGCGGGCAGCCGACUACAACCAGGCCCUGGGCACCUGUCGCCUGGCAGGCACAGCGCUCUGUGUGGCAGCUGGAGUUCUGCUCGCCAUCUGCCUCUUCUGGGCCAUGACAGGCUGGCUGAGCCAGGACACCAAGGCAGAGCCCUUGGACCCCGAAGCCGACAGCCACGUGGAGGUCUUCGGGGAUGAGCCAGAGCAGCAGUUGUCACCCAUUUUCCGCAAUGCCAGUGGCCAGUCAUGGUUCUCGCCACCCGCCAGCCCCUUUGGGCAAUCUUCUGUGCAGACUAUCCAGCCCAAGAGGGACUCCUGAGCUGCCCACAUGGCCUAAGAUGUGGGUCCUGGAUCCUUCCCCCUUCUCACCAUAACCCCCUCUCAGUGUUUCCCCAACUUCUCCCUUUCAGCAGGGUCCCUUUAGAGCCCAACUCCAGGUCAAAUCUGGAGCUCAAAUCCCAGUGCUCCCUCCCCAGGGGUGGGGCCCCAACUCUUCCAAGAUGCCAGCAUUCCUCAAGUCCUCCCAAAACUUCCUACCCACACCCUCUUCCCAAGGCCCUCAGGGGCAGAAAACAUCUCCUUCAACCUGUCCCCACUCCUUCCUCUGCAUGACCUUGGGCAAGCCCUUGCCCUUUCAAGCCAUCAGCUCCUGCCUCUCUGCCAUGAGGGCUUUGGAUCAGAUUCCUCUUCUCGCCAGGAUGAGGACACGCACUGCCCUCCAUAGACACAGAUGAAGGGGUGGGGGGUCAUUCAGCUCGAAUGGGUCCCAGAUGCUCACUUGGACUUUCCCUGCAGGAUGAGUGAAGAUGUUUGCCUCUCACAGUGUGUCUUCUACCUGCAUUUUGGCAUCAGAGCCCCCCAGCCCACCCACCACAGGCAAUUACUAGCCCUAGUUGAUAGGUGAGGUGGGUGAAGAAGGCUGGAGGUGACAUGUCCGAGGUCACACAACAAAGCAGCAUGCAGGAACUAGAAACACAUCUUCAGCCUCCUCCUGGGCCAGCUCUUGUGCUGCAGGUGGGGCGGAGCCAGCCCCGCACCUUCCUGGUUCCCUGAGGGUCCUCAGGGUGGAGGACAGGUUUGGCCCAGAAAGACUAGCCAGAGGCCUGAUGGUCCCAGGUGGCUCUGGAUAUACUUUGGAUAUGGAUUUAAAUGGUCUCUAAGAGCCGGGGGUAGGGGGCAGGAAAAGUGGGUUGUCUUUGCCCCUCAAAGUCCACCUACCUAGAAACCAAGCCCACAGGUCUUGGCCGUGACCCUGAAGAUAAAUGUGCUCUCUCGGAGGCACCAGCCCCUCCCUCCCCAGCCGGAGGCGUCAUCUCUCUUCUGUACCACUAGAGGGAGCUCUGAUGCAGCUGGAGAGCAGCGCUCAAGGCUCUCGCCCCCUCCCCUCCCUAACCCUUACCUUCAGUCUCCAGCAGCCUGAAGGGCCUCCUAGGGGAUCCUCAGGCGGCCCCCACCAGGGCACACCCUACUGUCCUUGUGCCUCACGCCCCCUCCUCAUCCUGCACCCCUUCCAUCCCACCUUCCCUUUCAAUAAACAGCUGGGAUGGAUACUGA